AUGAAAUUCAAAGCAUUCCUCACCGAAACCGGCUUCACCAACCAAAUCCUCUUCGACGAUUACCGAAUCUCGAGCCAGAACGACGACCGAAUCGCCUUCCUAAUCGAUCUUUCGCUUCUUCUCCGCGCGCUUCGUAGCUCCGUUGCUAUUUGUUCUGAAUAUUCUGCUGCUCUUCCGAAUCGUCUUCAGAUUAAGCUUGUUAAGAAAGUUUCUCCGAAUACUAACAUUGCCGCGCCGUUUCUUACAUUUGAAACGCGCGGCUUUAAAUCUGCUGUUGUUCAGGAUAUUCCGAUUUCCAAACCGUUGUCUAGGGCUCAGGUUGUUGAGCUUCAGAAUGCUCUUGACAUGGCUCAGGAUAUUCCUCAAACCCUUAUUCAGGUCAUAAUUUAA